UCGUACAUAAACAAGAAUAUAGACUCAAUAUCAAGUAAACCAUUAACCUUUAGUGAAAAACAAUGGCUGGAACCAGCCUGGACCUGCAAUUCAUCCUCGUCUCCCUCCUCGUAUGGCUCCUCUCAGUUUUCUUCCUCGUUCCCUUUUUCUUCAAGAAACCCCAAAAAUCAAACGUUCGCCUUCCUCCGAGCCCUCCGGCCCUACCCAUCAUCGGCCACCUUCACUUUCUCAUCUCGUUCCCGUGGUUCAAGUCCCUUCAGAAGCUCUCCUCCAAAUACGGCCCUCUCCUCCGUCUUCACGCCUUCGGCUCCUCCUUCAUCGUCGUGUCCUCUGCCUCGAUGGCCUUCGACGUCUACAGGACGCAAGACGUCAACUUCUCGUUCCGUCAGAAUUACGUCAUCGAGGACUCGAUAAUGUUCGGUCGUUAUAGCUUCAUGGCCGCGCCUUACGGUGAUUACUUCAAGUUCAUGAAGAAGCUCCUCGUUACAAAGCUAUUGGGGCAGCAACAUCUGCAGAGAUCGCGUGGCCUCCGGGACGAAGAACUCGAGAGGUUUUACGUGGAAUUGUCGGAUAAAGCUACGAGGAAAGAGGUUAUUGAUGUUCAUAGGGAGAUUUCGAAGCUGGCAAACCGUAUCAUAUGCAGAAUGAUGAUGGGAAGGAAAUGCUCGGAAGAGAACGGCGAAGCUGACGAGAUCCAAGACUUGGUCCUCGAGUCUCUUCGCCUGCUGAAAAACGUGGCGAUAGCAACCGCUCUACGUUCCCUCAAGAGAUUCGGGGUGACUUCAUGGUUCGAGAAGGAAGCCAAGAACAUAUCUCGGAGAUACGAUGUGUUCCUCGACAAGAUUCUCAAGGAACACGAAGAAAACCCGAACAAAGAACGUAAAGACAUAACGGAUUUGCUCCUGGAGGCUUAUCACGAUGAAAACGCUGAGUACAGGCUCACAAAGAAGCAUAUAAAGUCGUUUCUAGUGGAACUCUUCCUUGGAGGAACUAGCACUACAGCAGCAGCAGUGCAAUGGACAAUGUCAGAGAUCAUAAACCAUCCAAGUAUUCUUCACAAGAUGAGGGAAGAAAUCGAAUGCGUUGUCGGGAAAGGCAGGCUGAUUCAAGAAACGGAUCUUCCGAGCCUCCCGUAUCUGCAAGCAGUUGUGAAAGAAGGGCUAAGGCUGCACCCACCGGGAGCUCUCCUACCAAGAAUAUGCGAGGAAAGCUGCAAAAUCGGAGGAUUCGAUGUGCUCGGAAGAACGACGUUACUCACGAAUGUUUACGCGAUAAUGAGAGAUCCGGAUUUGUGGGAAGAUCCAGAAGGGUUUUGCCCCGAGAGAUUCUUGGCUUCGGCAGCUAAAGGGCCGGAAGAUAACAACAAGGAACAUGCCAUGAAUUUCCUUCCUUUCGGGAGCGGAAGAAGAGGGUGUCCUGGAACAAGCUUGGCUUACGUUUCCAUGGGAAUGGCCGUAGGGACGAUGGCUUAUUAUUUCGAUUGGGAAAUCGACGGAGACAAGGUCAACGUUGAAGAAACUGGUACGAUGACUAAGGACAUGGCUCAUCCACUCAAGUGCACUCCUGUUGUCCGGUUCAACCCAUUAGCUUCUAUUCCCUAGAAACCUACUUUGAGUCUGUGUUUCGUUCGAAUAUGUUCAUGCUGGUCGUGUGUUUUCAAGAAUUUCUGCUGAAUCAAAUAAGACAUGGCUGUGUAUCUUCCAUUGCUCCAAAAUCCGAACACUUGUAAUAAAUUAAGGACCCUUCUCUUUAA